CAAUGAAAAUGCACGCUAGGAUCAAGAGGAAAGGGAAAGCUAGGAGAUCAUGGGGCACGUCAGAGUGAGAUAAAUCCCUGCCAAAGACAACAACAGAGGUUGACGGCUCUCCUAAACUCAGUGACAUUUGCCAGUCAUCCUAAAACGUGAUUGAUGUGGGUGUGGAAGGGCGUGUGCGUGCCCAGGAGUUUGACAGUCCCACAGAGAUGCUGAUGACAAUGAACGGACAGACGAGAGACAUAACCCAGCACACCUAACGCGUCCUUCACACUAGAUCAAGAGCAGGGUACAGGUAGCCGCGCGCGGAAACUGCAUCUGCACACCUGUGACCGACUCUAUUUUUACCGACUGUUUGUGUAUCCGCUGCCAAAUGCUCUGUGCUCGAGAUUCUGCCUGCCUUCCUCGGGAUUCUCACUGUAUGCACAGGCAUUUCGUGACUUUUAUACCUGUUUUCACCAGACUUUAACACACUGACCCACACAGACUUUCUCGAAGAUAAUAGUUCUGAAGACAGAGGAUCUUGAAAAACAUAUCAAGGAUGGACAGCAGUCCUGGGGGUGUGAUACUCUACGCUGGUAGCAAUGGCAGUGCCAGUCCAAGAAGCCCAGGAAGCCCCUCUAGUGGCUAUCAAACCCAAUCUCCAUCUUCUCACUCCCAGCCCUCUUCCCCAGAGGAGGUCACCUUCACCGAGAUUGGGGCCCUCAAGCAGCAAGCACCUUCUCCAAAACUGGUAUUUCAGUUCCCUGAAAUCUACAACAACGCCACUGCAGGUUCACACAGCUACUCCCAUCCCAUCGCCGGCAAAAGGCCUUGUGGAUUCACUGGCACGUUUACCAAGACUGGAGGCAUGGUGCUCCUUUGUAAAGUGUGUGGAGAUAUCGCAUCAGGGUUCCACUAUGGUGUCCAUGCAUGCGAAGGCUGCAAGGGCUUUUUCCGCCGCAGCAUUCAGCAGAACAUUAACUACAAGAUGUGUGUGAAGAACGAGAACUGUCUAAUAAUGCGCAUGAACCGCAAUCGCUGCCAACACUGCCGCUUCAAAAAAUGCCUGUCUGUUGGCAUGUCCCGUGACGCUGUGCGUUUCGGCCGCAUCCCUAAACGAGAGAAGCAGCGGCUUUUGGAUGAGAUGCAGAGCUACAUGAACAGCCUCAACGAAUCGUCCCCCAUGGGCAUGGAAACCUCACCACCAUGCGAACUUCCUCCCAGCCCCAGCGAGAACCAAUCCAAAGAGGCCAUUGGUGCCUUAUCACGAGCCUACCAGGACAUCUUCACAAACACGCAGGACCACCUGAGCAAACGUGCGGGCAACAUAAACACCAGCAGCAGAUCGAGCACCUUUCAAAACAACCCUUCUCAGGACAGCAGCUACCCUCAUGUGAAUCCUCUCGUGGUAUAUCACGCGACUGCUCACGAAUGCUUCUCAGUCUCGCCUCGCUGCCCAGUUGCUUCCAGUGAGAGUAAAUGCUCAGUUUCAUUGGUGGACAGUAACCAGUACAGCUACGCUCCUUCGUUCUGCCAAAAUCACCUCCAGUUGAGCGCUAACUCAUCCUCACAACCUACUCAGGUCGAUUACAACAGCUACGUGACUGGCGAGUCCCAAACCCAGGCCUCGUGUCCGUUUAAGUUGGCUGCUGGCUCCAAAGUGCUGGCCUGUCCACUGAACGCAUACCCUGUGUCCGCACCUGGCGUCUCCAGCCAGCAGGUGUGGGAGUCUUUCUCUCAGUGCUUCACGCCGGCCGUACGUGAAGUAGUCGAGUUCGCGAAGGGCAUUCCGGGCUUCCAGGAGCUUUGCCAGCAUGAUCAAGUCAUGUUGCUCAAAGCAGGCACUUUCCAGGUGCUCAUGGUGAGGUUUUGCUCACUUUUCAACCACAAGGAAAGAACAGUGACUUUCCUGAAUGGGCAGACGUAUCCUCUCCUCACCCUUAGGGGUCUAGGCAUGGGCUCCUUGCUGGACGCCAUGUUCGAGUUCAGCUCCAAGCUGAGCUCUCUGGGCCUGGAGUCAGAUGAGAUGGCUCUCUUUAUGGCGGUAGUGCUGGUUUCUGCAGAUUGCUCUGGCAUUUUGGAUACAGUAGCUGUGGAACAGUUACAGGAAGGACUCAUCCGAGCGCUUCGCACCCUUGUCACCCGUCGCCACCCUGAUGACAGCUCUCUUUUCCCUAAACUGCUCCUGCGUCUGCCAGACCUGCACACCCUCAACAACCUUCACUCCGACAAGCUGCUGGCUUUCCACAUCGAUCCCUGAGCUAUCACUCGCUGCACCUGGAACUCAACCAACGGACACCACCAGCCAAUCAGAGAACACCUGUCCUGGUUAAGAGAAAGACUGCUCAUUUAGAAGAAGAGAUUCCAUGUUUCCAUUUGAACCAUUCGUUAUUAUGUGUGUUAAUGAGAAACACAAUGAACAGAUGGCUUUCAGCAAGCUCUAAACAAGCUUAUAUCUCCAUUUAAGCUUCCGCAAAUCAUUUUCAUACAUGCAUUGCCCUUCUGUUCAGCUGGCAUCGAGAACAUUGUUGAUUAUAUUUAUCAGAGGGAAUGUUGCACCCGUCAUAUCAUCAUAAAUAAGCUUACACAUACCUUUUGAACAUUCCUCUGUACUGCCUGCACAUUGAAACACACAGUAGUAUACAGUAGAAAGGUAAUUUUAAGGACCAUUUAAAGGCAAUUGUGUGAGUGUAUGUGCCUGUGUGUUUGAGAAAGGGAAAGAAAUGUACAUAAGCCAUAGAUAUCACUUAUACAGUUACGUCACAUUAAAACAUCAGUUUGAGACAAGAAUAAUACAUUUGUAAGUGUGAAACAUUUAAUUACACAAGAUUUACUGGAUUGGCAACAACUCUAGUUACCAUUUAACUUUGAUUUUAAAUGUCAUUUCACUUGAUAGAUAAUAGAUGAAACUGUCAUAUUUGUUCACUUUUUUAUUAUCAUUGUCAAGCUGAAUGCAGUAUGUCAGAUUACCACACAUUCUCCUUUAUGAAUAUAUCUGAAUCUAGGGACACAAAACCAGCAUUCUCUCCUACGCAUGUUAUGUUUUGUAGUUUUCUGUUGUUUUCUUACUGUAAAUAUUGCACAUUUUCACUGAUUUAACGGCCUGUUCAGAGACAGAGGUUGGUGUGUUUGACUGAGAUGGGGCGUUUGGUGCCUUGUAAGAAUGGACUGUUCAUCUGUGUGUCUUUAGAAAGAGCCCCUGAACUUCUGGCACCAGCACAGUAUCUUUACAGCCUUUACUAAGAUCACAAAGCAUGUCAAAAAGGAAUUUGUGGUUGAUUUGAUCAGCUGAGUCAAUUGUUAUUAUGGCUGGUAAAUUAUAUGGUCAUCAAUCAUAUGGUAAUGUAUAUUUUGUAAAUUGUUUUCUUCUUUAGAACCAAUAUAAAUAUGAAAUUAUCUAUU